CCGCCUAAUGUCGAGGUGGAAUCGAUUGGUGGUGGUAAUGAAGGGCGUUCGAAUGAUUCGUUGAUUCGAAUCUUCGGUGCGCAUUUCGGCUUGGGAAGUUCCCAGUUUCGCGGCAGAUUUUGCACAGUGAGCACACACAGCAGACCGUGCGCUCGCUCGCUCACUCACUAGAAAUGGCGCACAGCCGGUGUACGUUCCCACGUUUGGCGGUCAUUUGCUUCUGUGCCUCACUGGCAGCGUUCACCAGCGGGCAGGAGGAUCUGUUCCCACUGUCCAUCGUGCAUAUUAACGAUUUUCACGCCCGCUUCGAGGAGGUCAAUGAGGCCAGCGUCACGUGUGAUGCAACCGGUGGUGAGAAGUGUAUCGGUGGGUACGCACGAACGGUGACGGUGCUGAAGCAGCUGCUUGCCGAACGGCCCAAUCCCAUCUAUCUGAACGCGGGCGACAACUUCCAGGGUACGCUCUGGUACAACAUCCACCGGUGGAAUGCAACGUCCACGUUCCUGAACAUGCUUCCGGCUGAUGCGAUGACCAUCGGGAACCACGAGUUCGAUAAUGGUGUGGAGGGUGUAGUGCCGUUUCUGGAGACGAUCCAAUCGCCGGUACUGCUGGUGAAUGUGAACAACAGCAGGGAACCGGAUUUUAACCAGUUCAACAAGAGUCUCGUGCUGGAGCGUGGUGGACGCCGGAUCGGUGUGAUCGGUGUGAUACUCAGCACGACCGAUACGAUCGCCAACACGGGAGACCUCAUUUUUGAGGAUGAGGUAGAAACGAUACAAGCCGAGGCGGAACACUUGACCGCACUCGGGUGUGACAUUAUCGUCGUCCUAUCGCACUGUGGAAUCGAUGUUGAUCGCGCCAUAGCGGCGAAUGUAGGCCCACUGGUGGACAUUAUUGUGGGGGGCCAUUCCCACACCUUCCUGUACACCGGCGAUCAUCCUACCAUCCCAAUGAAUCCGGCGUCCGAAUAUCCGACCGUCGUUUCGCAACCGAACGGCCAUCGGGUGCUGAUUGUGCAGGCGUCCGCCUACACCAAGCUGGUGGGCGAUAUCAUCCUGUACUUUGACGAUCGGGGCAUUGUUCAGCGCUGGGAGGGCAAUCCCAUCUAUCUAAGCAAUGAGAUCGUGCCGGAUCCGGACAUCGCGGAUGCGUUGAUCCCGUGGAAGGUGGCUGUGGAUGAGAUCGGCAAUCGAAAGAUUGGUUCGACGGGUGUCGAUCUCCAGAAGGCUAGCUGUGGAUUCGGUGAGUGUAACCUGGGCAGCCUAAUCGCUGACUCGAUGGUGGCUGCCUUUGUGCCGCGCGCAGAACCUGGACAUUGGACGUACGCAUCCGUUGCGGUGCUGGCAGUCGGUGGCAUCCGUGUGGGUCUGUUCCGCGGAGAUCUUGCCUUUAAAAAUCUGAUCGAGGUGUUGCCGUUCGAGAAUGCGCUGGUGUGCUUCGAUAUGCGCGGCGAUCAUCUGAUCGAGCUGAUGGAGUACAGUGUGGAAAAGUCCUGGGAUGAGGAUCGCUUCAAUGGAGCGAACAUGCUGCAAGUGUCCGGACUUCGCGUACUGUACAACGUUACCAAUCCGGUCGGUGAGCGUGUGCUGGCGCUGGAUGUACUGUGUCAUGCGUGUGACGUGCCCAGGUACGAGCCGGUCGAACCGUUCCGGAAGUAUCGUGUCAUAACGAACUCGUUUUUGGCUGGUGGUGGUGAUGGAUUCACGGUGUUCGAACGGUACGGUCAACGGAAGGUGACUGGACCGGUCGAUAUUGAUGCGUUCGAGAGCUACGUCCGGGAUCGGUCGCCCGUAUUUCAGGGAGUAGAUGGAAGGAUUACGGUGUUAACGUAGUACCGGAGAUCAUAGUUACAGUAGAUAGGAAUAGAAAAUAGUAUCAUAUUAUAUGGGUUGCAACAUCUGAAAUACAGUCAGUCGAUUAAAAUCCUCUA